AUGCCCACGGAUAAUGAUCCCCCUGAUGGGGGAUCAACUGAUAUGGACAUCUCCUCCAUAGGAGGAGGCAGCAACAAUGGAGUAGACAGCCGUCAAGGACUUAUCCUGAAUACAAGCAUCUCAACCGACACUACGCCAGAUAAGUGCACUGUUUUUAAUUUGCAAAAACCUAAGCAAUAUUCAGAUUUUAUUUAUGUAUUUGUUGAGAAAAUAAAUACUGAAAAUAUUGGUACGCUACACCCAAUGGCCAUAGGCCAUAUAUUUCAUAAAAAACUCAACAUUCCAAACAUUGUCAACAUCGAAAAAGUAGGCCAAAUGCCCAAUACAGAAUUUCCUCCUCUCCCUCCAAAAGAACCCUCACACAGCCGAUCAGCAAACCCCUCACGGUCGCAAUCAACAAAUUCUUUUCAUACAGUCACGCAGCGAAUAGCUAGACCCCUAUCUCAGCAAGAAAAGCCAAACAAAAAACGAAAAGUUGUAUCCCCUAUUAAUGAUUCCCACAUUCCGCCCAUGUUCCCUUUUUCAUUUGGCCCCAGUAACCCCCUACCCCUUAGAGAAACAGACACAACAGAAAUCCCUGAUGAUAGGUUUCUGGAGGCCCUAUUCAAAACAUUACAACUUAUACUAAGUAAAGUAAAAUCAUUUGAGGAAUUGGCUAAUAUUGAUAUUACUUAUGUGAAGAAUAUCUAUAAAGAUAGCUAUCCUCCAAAUGAAGAGCCCAGUGACCAAGAUGAAUACUAA